AUGGCAGGCGAUGUUGCUCAAUUUCUCAGGGAUAAGUUCCUGGCAUCUCUUAGGGAGACAGAAUCUGAAUUAUCAGGUGCUGUUCUGAUUUCUGAUUUGGGAGCAAUCAAAGAUAUUGUAAUAGAUAUAGAUACGCGAAGACUUACGGAAGAUUACUACCGUCGCUUUAUCUCUGUGCUCCUGGACCUCACCGACGCAUUGACCAAGUGCCAGGUCUUCUCACAUGAGUGGAAGAAGCAUAGUCAUCACAAGACUCAUUUAAUAGUCUUCAACCAUUUGAGUUUGAGGAAGAUUUGUUUCGUGCUAAAGAUGAAGAAGCGGCUGGGUGCAAUAAAACGCAUCUUCGAGGAUGAGUUCAUGAAAAAGAAAGAAAGAAUUUUUAACUUGAGCGAAUCAUCAAGUCGUCCUGAUCCUGAAGAGAAUUUAGAGAGCGAACUACCCGUAUUAUUACAUCGCCGUCAAAGAUUUGAGACUGUAGUUGUGGGAUUUGAUGAGCAAUUACAGAAGAUUGAUGACUUCCUUGUAGAAUCAUCGCCGUCGUCAGGUGCUGGAUUUGCGGCAGUUGGGAUAGUAGGCAUGGCAGGCGCGGGUAAGACCACUCUGGUGCGCGAGUUUUUGAGUUCGUGGAUAGUGCGAUGUAAAUUUUCUCCUAUAAUUUGGUUGUGCUUGUCGAAUAUAGUCAAAGAAAAUAAACAAGUAGAAGAAGAAAUUGAGGUCAGCAUUGUGAAAUGUAUGCUAAGUAAGUUGGACCACGAUGCCGUUGCCGAUGGAGAUGGCAUCAUCCAGGAGGAGGAGAAGACUAUAAGUAGUAAUAAUUCUGGUCAUCUCCUUGCUGCGCUCUUGGAAAGGCUCAACCAACAUUUAUCAGGUAAAAGUUAUUUGAUUGUGUUGGAUGAUGUGUGGCACAUGAACGAUUUCUACUCGGAUUUAGGACAACUACUUGAGGUUCAGGAAGGUGAUAAGAAAGUUGGGGAUCGCUUAUCGCACGGAUUGCCUAAGGGUAGUGGUGGUGCCGUCAUCGUCACUAGUAGGAUACCGGAAGUGGUUGAAGCUAUGGUGGUACAUGCGGAGGGGUCAGAUAAACAUUAUGAGAGCUUGAUUAUUUCUCUUGAGCCUUUGGACAGAGAAAGCUGCUGGAAUAUAUUUAAGGACACUGCUUUUGGUUAUCAACAACAUUUGGAAAAGGUUGAGAGUGAAAUUAAGGAUUUAUGUUAUGGUCUACCAUUGGCCGCUAGGACACUCGCAGAAAUCAUGUCCCACAACACCCAAAAUUUUGAGUAUUAUUCUCAACUUAAUUAUACAUACAGUACUUUACUUCCUCAUUUUGGUAUCGUCUUUCGAAUUAUUUACGCACCAAUAUGA